CCUGGCUGGAAACCAUCUGCAGGAAACGGGGGAAGAGUGGAGUUUACAAACUCGGGUACUAUGAGUCUCUCUGUGCUGUUUCUUGUGUGCUUCUUCUAUGAAUCUCUCUGUGUUUCUUGUGUGCUUGGCAGGUCGCGCUCCUGUCAGGGAAGUAUCUAUGAGCGUGGCUCUAUUUCUGGAGACAUUUUUUUAGUUCUUUGAUUGUUUACAAACCUUAUAAUAUAAUUGAAUAUAUGCUUAUGCCUCCCCUGUUCUUCCGCGAAAGCCGUAGAUAGCAUGAUGAUGAUGUCGGGUUCAGUGUGGCAGUGACUAAAGAUGUAGUUGCCAUCGUCUUCUUACUUCGAUCGUGGUCUCUGUCAUCUUUAUCAUUCUUUAUUUCUGAUAAUUGAUUUUUUGACGCAUUUUUAUUUCUGAUUCAUCUCUGAAGCUGCCAUUUUUCCACUCGUGAAUCAGCUCCUUCCGGUGCAGCAACUAGUACGAGGUCGAGUCGGCCAGCUGCGAUCUUCGGAGAGACGAACCACGUGGUGGUGAUCGCCGAUCUCCUCCGCGACGCGGGAGGAAAGCCCACGCAUUGGAUUCUUUUCAACUCCUGGAAGCCUUGUCCAAGACUGAAAGUUGAGUACGGAAACAACCUUCUUGGACUUAUGGACGACGUCUACAAGCUUCGCGCAAACGUACCCAAGCAAGCUCUCGACUGGCUGAAGAAGCGAGG